UCACGUUCAAUUACUGCAGAAGAGCUUUCCGAGCAAAAAUUCUGAUAUUGGCAACAAAUCUUUUCGAUAACCUGGGUUCAGCUACACAAGAAACAGAAAUUGCUGUCUUUCUGCCUUUCCUCUCCGACUUGACUGAAGCUAGCACAGCAUGGAUUUGAUUCACAAGGUCAUGAACAUUGUACUUCCUCCUAUAACAUUGACACUGCUACUUCUCUUCUUGCCGCCGUUUCUUGUUUUCAAGUUUAUAAGUUGCAUUAAAAGAUAUAUAACCAGUGAAAAGGUGGCUGGAAAAGUAGUUCUAAUCACUGGGGCAUCUUCAGGCAUUGGCGAGUAUCUUGCAUAUGAGUAUGCUAGGAGAGGAGCAUGUUUAGCCCUUGCUGCCAGAAGAGAGGAGCGUCUUCGAGCAGUUGCAGAUAAAGCGCGGAUGCUGGGAUCACCGGAUGUUAUAGUCAUCUCUAGUGACAUUUCAAAGGUUGAAGACUGCGAGCGGUUUAUUACUGAGGCAGUGAAUCAUUUUGGCCGAUUGGAUCAUCUGGUGAACAAUGCUGGUAUUGUUCAAAUUGACAUGUUUGAGCAUUGCAAGGAAAUCUCGGAUUGUGCAAUACUUAUGAAUACAAAUUUCUGGGGUUCUGUAUAUGUCACCCGUUUCGCUAUUCCACACCUAAGAAAAAGUAAAGGGAGGAUCGUAGGGAUUUCUUCAAUUGCUGGAUGGUGCUCAGUACCGAGGAUGAGCUUCUACUGUGCAAGCAAGGCAGCCGUAACAAGUUUUUAUGAGACACUAGCUGCUGAAUUUGGUCCGGAUAUUGGAAUAACAAUAGUCACUCCUGGUGUAGUUGAGUCAGAAAUGACCCAAGGUGAUUUUAUAUCAAAGUCAACUGAAAGGUGUGCUGAAGCAAUCGUAAACAGUGCUUGCCGAGGAGACAGAUACUUGGUAGAGCCGUCUUGGACAAGGAUGUCGUUUCUGCUGAAGGUCCUUUGUCCUGAAGUGAUGGAGUGGUACUUGCACCAGGUAUUGGCAGCUAGGACUUCAAAGAAAAGUAACUAG